CUCUCUUUCUAAAGUUUUAUAGAUUCGAACUUGGGGCACCUCAUUUGAAACGUAUUAAUUGGUCCAAAGAAUCGCAACUUAGAGAGCGAAAAUCCCCGCCUUUUUUUUCUUCUUUUUCCAAAUUUCCCUCCAAAAGUAGCGGAAUAAUAAGAAGGAUUAAAGAGGAAGCAUUCCUCCAAAGCUCGUCUGUGUCUUGAAGGAUCACUGGGAGUAAACGAAAAUGGCGAGGAGGUCAGAGGAAGGUGGGUACCCUGAAGAGCCGCCGGUGAUAAGAGUUAGGGCACGAUCAGACCCAUUCUUAGUGAUUUGCAGAUGCUUCAGUGUUAUCACUGUCUUGAUUGCCCUCUUGUGUGUGGCUGUGAACGUGAUCUCGGCCGUUAAUUCGUUCAAAAAUGGGGCUGAUGUUUUUGAUGGGAUAUUAAGAUGUUAUGCCGUUGUGAUUGCGCUUUUUGUAGCAGUUGCAGAGACUGAGUGGGAAUCCAUACUUAAAUUCUGGCGGGUUUUGGAGUAUUGGGUGGGGAGAGGCAUGCUUCAGAUUUUUGUUGCUGUCAUGACCAAAGCUUUCUCAGAUGCUAACGAGCAGAGACAAGAUAUAGUACUCCUUCAAGAAAUAGCCAGCUAUCUUCUUCUUGCUUGUGGUGUAAUAUAUGUGGUCUCGGGAGUGCUCUGCAUUGGAUUUGUGAAGCGAGCUCGUCAACAAAAGGCGAUUACAAGAGAGCAAGCAGCCAAGGAUCUAGAGGAUUUGGAGAGGCGACGAGAAGAGCUUCAGGGGCUGUUGAUGGAAAGAGCAUGAAGCAUUGAGUUGUGCCACCUGAACCAUAAAACCUUGAUCAUCGGCCUGUUGUUUGUUGUUUCAUUGAUUACCGAAUUUCAUUGUGCAUGACAGUGGCACUCUGUUGGAGUGAGAUUAUCUUUGUAGCUUAACGCUGUCUAUAUGACAGUUUUUUCGUAUGUGCAAAGGAAACUAAUUUUUGCAUAGCAUAGAGAUAGAUCCUCCUCUCUUCUUUGUAGCUGUGGAUUGUGCAGUAUCACAUUGUUCAAGAUAUGUCAAUCAUUUGGAAGAAAUACAUUGAUAA